AUGGCCUAUUCUUAAAAAUAAAUACUUUAAAAUAAAAUUUUAACUUAGACCACAAUAAGCUUUAACUUGAGUUUAAAAACUUGGUAUUUACUAUAUCAUGUCUAUGAGAAAAAGAGUUAUGUUGCUAAUUUAAACUUAGAAUUUGUUGAUAAAAGUUAUUUAGAUUUAGUUUUAAAUUAUCUGUUCUAAAAUUUAGAAGAAAAGAUCAAAUAAUCAUUAAGUGCUAAUACUCUUCACUUGAAGAUUACAGAUUAAGAUUUUGUCUGGAAUAAUGAAGAGCAUUCUUUAAGAAAAUUAGUUUCUAAUUCAAAGAAUUUAAAAUCAGUUAUUUUAGAGUUUUACAAUUGUUAUUAUUAUGAUUAAAAAUAUUUUGCAAAUUAUCCUUCAUCUAUAUGUCACUAUUCUACUGUCAUUUCAGAAUUCAAGGAAAUAGAAAAUAUCACUAUUCAUUUCUAAAGUGAUAAAAUUGAUGAUAAAACGGUAACUCUGCUUUUUAAUAAUAUGAAUCAAUUGGAAAAACUAACUCAUUUGAACAUUAACUUAAGAGAAAAUUGUUUUGGUGAGCAAGGAAUAACAAUGUUAAGUUAACAAAUAUCUUAAAUUAAAAAUCUAUGCUGCUUAAAUCUGAAUCUAUAUAAAAUUAAGAUAAAAAACGAAGGUGCCAUCAAUUUAGCCUAAAAUCUAGCUCUCUGUUUAAAUCUUAGAGAAAUUGGAAUAGAUAAUAGCUAUAAUCAAAUAACUUAAGAAGCAAUAUAUAAAUACAUUCACUUGCUUAGCUAAAACUCUUCUCUUAAAUGUUUGAACUUAAAUCUUUAUGAUAAUAAAAUUGGAAGCUAAGAAAUAGAUAUAUUUCCAUUAUAACUUGCAAAUUUAGUUUCAUUGUCGUUAAGUUUAAGGUAUACUGAAUUGGGGAAUAGAGGAUUGAAAUGCCUGAGUUAAAUCUUUAAUUUAAACUAAACAAUUGAGAAUUUGUUUCUAGAAUUUUAUAACUGCUAUUUUAAUGAUGAAGCGAUAAAUUGCUUUUCUCAAUCCAUACAAACAUGCCAAAAUUUAAGCAAGCUGCAGCUUUUCUUUAGUUCUUUGGCAACGAGCGACUACACUCUCAGCUAUUUAGUUUAAUCAAUAAGCUAAUGUCUAAAUUUGAAAUAAUUAAUUCUAUCCUUUGAAUCUUGCUAAAUUCAAGACUAAUUACUUUUAAUUAUUGGAGAAAAAUUAUAAUUGAUGAAAAAUCUUAUUAACCUUGAUUUAAAUCUUAAUAAAAACCAAUUUAGGGAUUAAGCCUUAUAAAAAUUUGGAUAACAAAUAAGUCAAUUGAAAUAAAUAAAGAUACUCUAAAUCAGUGUUAGGUUUACUCAAUGUUAUUAGGCUUUAAAUUUUGUAUUAGAACUGUAAACUAUUUCGAGUCUUAAUCAUCUAACAUUAAGUUUACCAAGGGUAAAUGAUAUGACAGAAAGGAAGAAAAUUUUUAAUUUAUUUAAAAGAAAAAAUAAAAAAUUAGUAUUCUUUAAAAUUAAAAUGUAUUGA